AUGGCUACUGCUGCAACUGCUAAAUCAACUAAAGCUGCUUCUGCUUCAACAGCUUCUAAAGUUACUUACAAAGAUAUGAUCAAAUCUGCUAUCCUUACCUUAAAGGAAAGAAAUGGUUCUUCUCGUCAAGCUCUUAAAAAAUACGUUCAAUCAAACAAUGAUAUUAAAGCUGCCAACUUUGAUUCUUUGUUUAACACUGCUUUGAGAAAAGGUGUUGAAACUGGUGAUUUCUUACAACCAAAAGGUCCAUCUGGUCCAGUUAAAUUGGCCAAGAAGGAAAAACCAGCUUCAUCUGCUACUUCUGCAAAAGUCACUAAGAAAACUACAACUAAAAAAGCUGCUGCUCCAAAGAAAGCUGCUACCAAAAAGGCUGCUGCCGCUCCAAAGAAAGUCACUAAACCAGCAAAGAAAGCCACUAAAGCUAAAGCUGAAGCUUCUACCAAAGAAACCAAGGCUGCCCCCAAAAAGAAGGCUGCUGCUGCUCCAAAGAAAAAGGCCGCUGCUCCUAAAAAAGUAACCAAGAAAUCAACUAAAUAA